AUGGAGCUCCUUCUCUCCCUCUGCCUUCUUUCUCUGCUGGCCUCCACAACUGAUGGUUCAAAUAAUGAUGAUGUGCAGGACUGGCUGAACCACGGAGGAAAUAUACUAAACAGGAGAUUUGCGGACACUGAAACCAAAAUAAGCCUAAGAACAGCUUCAAGGCUACGAUUGAAGUGGGAAUUUUAUGCAGGUGGAGAUAUUUCUGCAACACCAGCAAUUUUUGAUGGAACCCUUUAUUUCCCUAGCUGGAAUGGAUACCUUUAUGCGGUGAAAGCAUUAGACGGAAGUCUUGUUUGGAAGAAAAAUCUGCGACAGCUGACUGGUCUUAAUUCAACAGUAGUUAUAUCCAACGUCGACGCCAAUGCAACAGUGUCGAGAACCACUCCGGUGAUUGCAGAUGAUUUGCUUAUCAUUGGACUCAGUGGACCAGCUUAUGUUGUCGCAGUUCGACGAUCAAAUGGGCGACUUGUCUGGUUAACUCAACUCGAUAAACACUACAAAGCAGUCAUCACCAUGUCGGGAACGUAUUACAAGGGACAUUUCUACGUUGGCACAUCUUCAUUAGAGGUGACUGUCGGCAUUGAACAGUGUUGUUUCUUUCGAGGAAGUUUUGUUAAACUAAAUGCCCGGACUGGAAAAAUCUUGUGGCGAACCUAUAUGCUGCCUGACAAUUUCGGCCGCCUCGGGGAGUAUGCCGGAGCCGCCCUUUGGGGAAGCAGCCCGUCGAUCGAUAUCCGCCGGAACCACGUGUAUAUUGCCACGGGAAACCUCUACUCGGCACCUAAAAGGGUAAGAGAUUGUCAGGAGAGACUAAACAAUCGGACAGAUGCACCUAGUAAUGAUGAAUGUGUGGAGCCCGAAAACCACUCGGAUUCAAUUCUAGCUCUUGAUUUGGACAGUGGAAAGAUCAUGUGGUUCAAUCAGUUAGGGGGCUAUGAUGUUUGGUUUUUCGAAUGCAACAACAAUGUGUCGAACCCAAAGUGUCCUCCUGGUCCCAACCAAGAUGCUGAUUUUGCAGCAGCACCAAUGAUGAUAACCACUUAUGUUAAUGGAACUAAGCGAGACCUUGCUGUUGCUGUUCAGAAAAGUGGAGUUGCUUGGGCGUUAGACCGCGACAAUGGCAACCUUAUAUGGUCCACACAAGCCGGACCCGGUGGUCUCUCCGGCGGAGGAAUAUGGGGAGCUGCCACAGAUGAAAGGAGAGUCUACACCAACAUUGCUAACUCUGGACGCAAAAACUUCACCUUAAAGCCAUCUAAAAAGGUCACUAAUGCUGGCGGAUGGGUAGCAUUGGAUUCUAAAAAUGGCAACAUCCUUUGGUCGACAGCGGAUCCUAGCAAUGCUACAGUCAGUGGCCCUGUGACCGUGGCAAACGGAGUUCUAUUAGGUGGUUCGACGUUUAAGCAAGGACCGAUUUAUGCAAUGAGUGCAAUCACCGGAAAAAUCUUGUGGCCUUAUAACACAGGGGCCACCAUAUAUGGUGGCGCGUCAGUUAGCAAGGGAUGUGUUUACAUAGGACACGGAUACAAGGUGAGUCUUGGAUUCAUGGAUCCAGGAUUCACUGCAGGAGACUCACUCUUGGCCUUUUGCGUCUCUUGAUCG